AAAUUAAAUUGUCAUUUUAUUCUUCUUGCUAUUCUUCGUGUUUCGUUUGCUAAAGUUGCCGCUGAAUCUUUGUAAUAAUUAAUUAAAAGCUCAUAUAAAUUAUGUUCCUAAUGUAAAAUCUCUACUGCCUAAAUGGAAUGUGUAUGUGAUAAUCACCAUACUGUGAAAUGGCGUGUAGUUUUCGAAGAUUUUACUACAAGUACACUAAGUGCCUGGUGAUAACGGUGUUAAUCGCAUUUUUUGUCCAAUUAUUACUUGCAAUAAAUUAUUUCCCCACUGAAAAUGAUCAUUUGUUAAAAACAAAAUCACAUGGAAAUGUCGAGAAGCAGGAAAUAGCUGGUGUUUCAGCUAGAAAAUCUGAUGUCAGAUAUAUUGACGACGAAGAUUUUACUGUGAAAAAUCCUAACAAACCCGCUUCAUAUCUAAGACUAGCAGAGUUGGAUUUUAAACCCCCCUGUGAAAUUCAAAACAGAGAAGCCAUAUCUGCAAUACAUAGAGCUAAGACACAAAACUGUAAACAAGAAAUAGUCAAUCUUACAUGUUUAAUUCAAGGAGGAAAUUAUUACCCUAAAAGUUUACCUAACUAUUGUGUCGGAAAAGAUGUAGUAUAUGGAAAACAUUUGGGCUGCUAUAAGGAUGAAAAAAAACUUAGACUGCUAUCUAGUUAUUAUGGAAAUUAUGCUUCAACCAACUCGCACAGUUCAUGUUUAGAUAUUUGUGUCCAAGCUGGUUUUCCUUUUGCUGGAGUUCAAUACUCAACUGAAUGUUUUUGUGGAGAAACUGCACCCUUAACAACAUCAAAAAUUGAGGAUCACUUAUGUGAUAUGAAAUGUCCGGGAAACCCCACUGAAAUGUGUGGAGGCUAUUUCACAAUGAAUGUAUUUGAAACUGGUUUAGAAAAAUUUGUGCCACAUGUACCCAUAACUGUGAAUCAAAAACAAGAAUCUGUAAGAAUAAUAUUCCUUUUAACACUGAAUGGACGAGCUGUAAGACAAGUUAAUAGACUAAUCAAUGCACUUUAUCGGAGCAAUCAUUAUUUUUAUAUCCAUGUGGAUAAGCGCCAAGACUACUUGCAUCGUAAGCUGUCUAUACUGCAGACCAAAUUUUCAAACAUAAAAUUAGCGGAAAAAAGAUUCUCCUCAAUAUGGGGUGGAGCAUCAUUGCUAAAAAUGCUGUUGACUUCUAUGAGAGACAUAUUAACCUUAGAUUGGGAAUGGGACUUUGUGAUUAAUUUAAGUGAAAGUGAUUUCCCAAUCAAAUCGAUUGAAGAUUUAGAAAACUUUUUAUCUGCAAACAAGGGGUUAAACUUUGUUAAAUCACAUGGCCGUGAAGUUCAGAGAUUUAUUAAGAAACAAGGAUUAGACAAAACUUUUAUUGAAUGUGAAACCCACAUGUGGCGAGUUGGCGACAGAAAGCUGCCACGGGGAGUAGUGAUUGAUGGCGGAAGCGACUGGAUAGCUUUGUCGCCUAAAUUCGUAGCAUAUGUUGCUGGAGAGCAUGACGAACUAUUAGCAGGUUUAGAUGUUAUUUUUCAACACACGCUUUUACCUGCAGAGUCAUUUUUUCACACAGUAUUGAGGAAUUCCCAAUUCUGUAAUACAUAUGUUGAUAAUAAUUUACAUGUGACCAAUUGGAAAAGAAAGUUGGGUUGCAAAUGUCAGUAUAAACAUGUUGUAGAUUGGUGUGGAUGCUCUCCUAAUGAUUUCAAAACCGAGGACUGGCCUAGAAUACAAAAUACGAAAGAUCGACAACUGUUUUUCGCAAGAAAAUUCGAACCCAUAAUCAAUCAAGAAGUGAUAACUAGAGUAGAACAGUUUAUAGGAUUUGAAGAUCACUACCUACUACAAAAUUUGGAGGCAUACUGGCAAAGCAUUUACAAUAUUGAUGACUUGACUUCGAGUACAGAUGAUUUGAUGUUGACUCAUGCAGCUAGUAUCUUAAGACAAAACGCCAACAUUUUAAACCAAGAAGGUUGUUUGUUGGAACCUGAUGAAGUAAUUGAAAUUAGUUUAUACAAUUUUGCAGAUACUUAUAAAGGGAAUCUAAUUUUACAUAAAGCUAUUCUAGAUAAUGGUGAUAACAUAUUGUUAGAGACAUGGUAUAAACCGAAACAAAUAUUAGACUUUAACUUUGAAAGUCGUUAUGUAGAUAUAAUUAAAACAUUUAAAGUUAGUUCAGAAUAUGAUCAAAAAGAAAUCACAUUCAGAAACUUUGCUAACAUAUUAGGCCCUUUAUCAGAGCCAAAUUUGCUGUAUCAAUUUUCUUCAGAUAUCGAUAAAAAAGGUGAAAAUCUGACGGUUCUUUGGUUGGAUCCUGCUGGCGUCAUAGCCGAUGUCAACCACCUUCAUGUCGAUGAAAAUAAUCUAACGAAUUUCAUUAAACCCAAUUUAAAAAUACCUUUACUUCCAGGUAUUUGGAAAGUGGGUUUAUUUGAAAAUUCUGAAUUUAUAGUAUUUACUAAAUUCCUUAUAACUCCUCUAGAAUUAUUUUCUGGAAAAGAAAUUAGUCACCACGAAGCGACGAUUAUUCACAGUGGAUCUCAAAGUGCUUACAAGAACUUUUCUAACAUAAACAUUGUGAAUUUUCUACCGAACGAAAAUGAACGGUUAUUGCUAAAAAAGGUUUCGAAUUCAAAUAUAAAAAGAGUGAACAAAGAUUUAAGAGAGUGGAUAGAUAAUCUUACAUCUAGUUUUUACAGUGUUUUAGGAACUUGUGUUGCAUCGUCUAGUCUUAAUGAUGUAAAACUUAAGCCUCUCUGUGGUAAUCAUAAGUUUGAACACUGUCCUUCUACUGGCUGGAGUUCAUUAUCUCCUGAUCCUAAAGGAUCAAUAGGCAAAUUUAAUGAAAGCACGGGGCGAUUAGUUAGAGUAUGACAUAAGAUGAUUCCUAUGUAGGCAACAUUUGUUAUGUUAUUGUAUUUUAAGUACAUUAUUGUAAAAAAUUUGCGCGAUAAGCCAAAAAGAGAUUUAUAACAUUUUAUGAUUACUUGUAAUAGAAUAGAAUAUAUUUAUUUGUAAUAAAUGUGAAUGUGACGAAAAUGGCUUAUACCAAAUGUCUUCUACAGGGUGGAAACGUUAAGUGAUCUCACUCGAUUAUUUCUAAACUAUAUAAGAUAUCGAAAAAUUAAUUACU